CUGCUCCAUGAAGGCCGAGACCACCUCAUCUUUCAAGAAAAAAUACUUCUAUUUCCAGCUAUUCCUGUUCCUGCUUUUGCAACUGUUGUUUACCCUGAGCCUCCUUUCUUAUUGGUACCUGCUCCCUCAGUCCAUGCAGAACUAUUGCCCCCCUAAGCAGGUUGCACCACCCGUCACCCCCGUGUUCAUCAUCCUGCUGUGGACAUGGCCUUUUAAUGACCUCUACUCCCUUCAAGGACUCCGUUGCUUGGGCCCCUGGGUCAGGGAGGCAAACUGCCAAAUCACACUGAACCGCACUUGGUAUGAGCGGGCGCAUGCGGUCAUCAUCCACCACCGGGAAGUGAGUCUCAUGCCCUCCAAGCAACUGCCCCCCGAGCCCCGGCCCACUGGCCAGCGAUGGGUCUGGCUCAGCCUGGAGUCACCCAGCCACUUGGAUAACCUAGCCGCUAUGGAUGGCCUCUUCAACCUGACCAUGACCUAUCGCACUGACUCGGACAUCUUCACCCCUUAUGGCUGGCUCAGACCACGGCAGGAACAGGAGAAUGGCUCCUUAACUCAACCUCCCUUUCCCAAAACCAAGCUGGUGGCCUGGGUGGUGAGUAACUGGAAUGAAGACUCCACACGGGUAAAGUACUUCCGGAGGCUACAGCCUUAUCUGCCUGUGGAUGUCUAUGGGAGAAAUCACCUGCCGUUACCAGUCAAAAAUCAGCAGAGAGUUCUCUCCACGUACAAGUUCUACCUGGCCUUUGAGAACUCUCAGCACCAGGACUACAUCACAGAGAAGCUUUGGCAGAAUGCCCUGAAGUCCUGGGCCGUCCCCGUAGUGUACGGCCCACCGAGGCACAACUACGAGCGCUUCCUGCCGCCCGAUGCCUUUAUCCAUGUGAGUGACUUCAAGAGCCCCUGGGAACUGGCCACCUACCUCAUGAAGCUGGAUGCAGAUGAGAAGCACUACUUGUCAUACUUCCAGUGGCGGAAGCACCUGGAGGUGGUAACAAGGCCUGGCUGGUUCCAGGAAUUCUGCAAGGCAUGCCGGAUCCUCCUGGAGCCCCCCACGUACCGGACCCUGCCAGCACUGUCCAAGUGGUUCUCCUGAGGGGCACCCCUCCUAUCCAGAGUCUUCUAGUGGCGUGAGUGAGCUGAUGUUCAAAAGAGGCGGGAUGGCACACUGCCUUCCUAGAGGCCUCUUCUCCCGCUGGAUAUUUCGAGUGAUGACAUCCUUUAGUAAUGUCCUUCUAGUGGCGAGGUUGGGUCACAUUCCCACUGGUGACCACCACAGUAAUGUCUCCCACUCGCGACCUUCAGAGGCGUCUCCCAAAGGGAUCUUUCCAUCUAUGACAUCUUCCACUGAUGACCUUUGGUGACAUUUGCCUCUCGUGAUCUGCGGCUAUAUCCUACACUCAAGACUUGAAAUUCUCCUCUCCGUGACUCUCAGAAACAUCAAAAGUGACCUUUGCUGUUUCUCACAAGUGACCUUGGCCACCAGUGAUCCCAAGGGAGUUCCAGCGAAACAAGCAGAACCAGGAAUACAUUGUACACAGGAACAGCAAGACAUCUCCAAAUGUCAGUUGGUUAUCUUGAACUGAAUAGAUUGUAGGCGUCUCAAGUUCAACAUGGCCAGAACUGAACUCAUUUUCUUUUCCCCAAAACUCUUCUCUCUUCCUAAUUUCCCUAUUGCUUUUGAGGGUACCAACAGCUUCCCCAGCCUUCCAGGUUCACAGGCUAGGUCUUUCUCCUCUCCUUAUUGGAUCAUUUAGUCAAGUACGUAUUUGCUGAAUCUCUACUGUAUGGCAGUCUCUGUGCUAAAUGCUGGGGUUACAAAGAAGGGCAAAAGAUGGCUUUGCCCUUAAGGAGUUCCCAGUCAAAUAAGGGAGAUAACAAUCAAUCAAUCAACAUUUUUUUAAGCACUCACUAUGUGCCAGUGCUAACAAGCAGAUGUAUAGAUAGAAACAAACUAUACACAGGAUUGAUAGGAAAUCAUUGAUAAGAAAAGGCACUAGGCUUAAGAGAGAUUGAAGAUGGACCCCCCAGGGAAGCCAAGAGGCAGAGAAGAGGAGGAAGAGUAUUCCUGGCUUGGGGAAGAGCCUGAGCUGAGUGAUGCAGUAUCUUGUUUAUGGAACCCAGGAGAUCAGUGUCCUGGCUCAAAAAUAGAUGAAGAGGUGUAAGAAGAGGGCCUAGGUUAGGGAGGACUGGGAAUGUCAGACAGCCUUUUGUAUUUGAUCCUGGAGGUUGCUGAGUGCCCACAGCCAGCCAGAGCCAGCCCCAGUGUCCGGGAAGGGAAGGGGCGGAUUCGAGAGGUGCGGGAGAAUGGCAAACACUUGGAUAUGGGGGGUGGUGAGCGACUGGGGGAGUGCAGGUUGGGCCUUAAGGACAAGUGGUCCUUGGGAGGCCGGCAUUACAAGAGCCUUCAGGUGGAUCUCUCUGCCUCUAGUCUCUCCUCCCUCCAACUUAUCCUCCACUCAGCCUCGGUGUUCUUAAAAGCCUGAUCAUGUCCUUCCCCUCUUAGAUAAGCUCUAAUGGCUCCCUGUUCCUCCAGGACCAACGAGAGAACCUUCUCUUCAGCUUUCUCAUCCCUUUCCACUUUCCUACUUUCCAGUCCAUUCAUGCUUUACUCCCUACCCAGGGACAUGGGUCUCUCUCCCAAUUGCCAACAUUUUCAUUGACUGGCUGUCUCUCAUGCCUGGAAUUCUCCCUCUUCAUCUCUACCUCCUGGCUUCCUCAAACCUCUAUUAAAGUCCUACCUUCUAGAAGCAGUCUUUCCCAGUCUUCUUCUCUUUGCGACUGCUUCUGGUUUAUUUGCACAUGUUGUUUGCAUGUUGUUUCCUCCAUUAGCAGCAUUAGUUUUGCCUUCUUUUGCAUCCUCAGUGACUAGCACAGUGCCAAAGUCCAUAGUAGGCACUUAAUUAUCCUUUUUGAUUUGAAUUGGCCCUUGAUUAAUCCCCUAACCUUGUGGGAUCCACACUUUACAAACUAGGAAACUAAGACCAUGUUUACAUUGGUCCCACUGAGAUCCAAGUGUGAGCCUGAAGUUUCCUUCCUCUGUAGUCAGGGAAAACUCCCCGGAAAAAACCAUAGAUGCUGGGGAUUCUCUAGUCUACCUCUAUCUUUUGACAGGAGGGGAUCCUGUGGCCUAGAGAGAGGAAAUCACUUGCUUAAGGUGACAAGGUACUAAGUUCCAGAAAAGUAAUUCAAACCCAUGUCCUGUGACUGCAAAUUCAGUUCUCUGCUUUACUAAGCCGGAAUCAGGCUGUCUGGGUUCAGUGCCUGCCACAUAGAUGUUAAAUAAAGGGUUAUUGAAUAAGAUGAGGAGGGAACCUCCUUAUUCCCAGUCUGCCUGUUUCUAAAUGUGUGUCCCCCAAAUCUCUUGACUGAGUAUCGGGAGAAAUCCCUUUGGCUGGGAGAAAAGACUACCAGAAGCCAUUAUUGUCAAUCAUGAAAUAGUAAUAUGGGAAGAGAAUUCAUAAAUAAUCUAGUCUACCCCAUACCCCAAAAGGCAUCCCCCCCACCCCCGUAACAGCCAUUUUAUCUUCCUGAAGACCUCCAGGCAGGAGAUGGGGAAUGGGGAGAGCAGUCCUUACCUCUGAGCAUUUCUAAUGCUCACAAAUGAGCAUUUCCUGGCUUCAAACUGUUUGAAGUUGUACUAGGAGAGAAAAAUUCCGACUAGAAUUUGACCUCAUGGGAGAAAAGAGCAAUAGGACAGAGACGGGGACUAUAAGAGUCCGUGCAGAGCAGGGAGCCCACUUCUAGGCUCAGGGGGUGAGGGAGGCACCUUUCUUGGUGUUCUGGAAGUUGGUAAUGACUUCCAGACCAA